UGAAAUAAUUAUUGUCAAUUAUCAUAUUUCUGUAACACAAAUGUAUAUUUAAGCAAUAAGGCCAGAUAACUGAACAGACAGAUUUGCCUUUGAAAAUGUGCAGCAGAACUUUUAAGUUAUUUUAUCAAACAAGUAUUGUAACGUGAACAUAUCGAUACUUGGAUGAUAAAGCAUCCGUUUCAUAUCAGUAUGAUAUUCUAAGAAUUUGUUCUGCACGGAUUUCAAUAGGGAAAGAUUGCGUCCGUACCCCGCUCUCGUGUAUUUCGUUGAAAACAUUACUUUGCUGCGCGUUUGGUGUUGAACCUUUGUGGGGGUAACCACAGCAGAAGCAGCACCUCUUCAGUGUGGCAUCUCUCGGAAGGGAAGGCACUCCUGUGUCGCCGAACAUACAGGGUCAGGAUGGAGGUGUCAAGGAGGCGGAUCUUACAGAAGCACCUGCAGCCAGCCAGACCACUGCGGCGCUGCAGUACUGACCAGGACCCCUGCUUUAGAAAUGCUGAGCCAUCUGCGUGUGGACAAGCAGGAGAAAAAACAAUUAACAGUAUUGGAGUGGAACAGUUUUUUCAAAUCCUCCAUCUCCAAACUCAGACUCCACAAAAAGACUCCACCCCAACUAAAGUGAGGAUAUCUUACACUAGAGACUUCCUGAUUCAACUGGCCAAUUCCCCCAUUGCCAAAAGAAAACCGGACUUCUUACCAGAACAUCCUGUUGUUUUGGAAAAGGCGAGAGAACCUGGUGUGCCAAGGUUGGAGAAGAGGUUUGAUGAAAACAAUGAAAUGCUUGCCUAGGCUAACUUGGAGCCAGGAAGUCUGGUUGCUGCUGCUGCUGCUGCUUUUCAACCCACACACCACUACAACUUGCUCUGCCAUUGAGUGAUAUUCCAACAACAACAACAAAAAAUUCCCAGUUGAGCCCAGAAUACUACAGGCAUGGGUUGUGUCCCAAAUAGCGCCCUAUGUCCUAAUUAGUGCAAUACUUUUGACCAGGGCCGAUAGGGUUCAGAUCAUAAACACCCAUGACCAUGAGAGUUGUAAGCGAGGGGUAUAAUUAUUAUUUUUUAGUUCCUUUGACAAAUGUUGGAUCCUUUGGUGGACAUAAACCUGAAAAUAUACCAUAGCCUACGUUUUAAAUUGUGUGCUUCAGUCUAAAAUAAUAAUGCAUAGUUGAAUGAUGUGCCUUGAUGCUAACAAAUGCCCCUUUCACUGUGUGAUGUUUACAUAUGGCAUAAUACUAAUAAUGCCUCAGUGGAGGCCAUUGACUCUGAAUAACCUUACAACGACCUCCAAGACAAACAAUACAUUCAUUUAACCCUUUCACUUUUUGAUAUGUUGGAGUAUGGGUGUUUUAGCUUUGAUAUUGUCACUGAAGCUUGAUUAUUGACGUAUAUCAACGAAUUGAAUGUUGAAGUAUAGGCUACUGCCUGCUGCAUAACUUGUCUGUAUUCCCCCAUUGAAAACUGUUGCUUGAAAUGAUUAGGCUUCUAAGCCCGCCUUUGCACACUAUCCUUCUGAGGGUCAGUCCUGUAGUCACAUCAAAUAGUACAUCUCUCCCCUACUGCACAUUUUCUCAGUUUAUUCUAUAGUAGUUGAUGAACGUGAAUAACGGCAGUCUAAAUUAGCACAAAGUUAGCGAAACCCGCCGCCUUGACUUGCCUGUGCACAUAAGGGGUACUUUAUUAUGCAACUUGUGUUCGGCGACUGUUGUGGUUGUAGUGUGGAAUGGGAAAAUUGAGUGGCUGUUUAUUUUUGAAGUGUAUUUAUUUGAGUUAUCCUUAUUUUGUUACAAGCUAUUUGCCUAUCGAGGCUUAGUCAUGAUGGCGGGCUUCAUUCCAAGAUGUUGGCUGUUUGUUGAUACAAGGCUGAGAGGACUUUCCUAUGCUAAUGUAAAGGGACUGCCAAAGUGUAACCAUGUAUUUUCAGAGAUGCAGUAGGUUAAAUAAGUGCCCCCCCCCCCCCAUUGAUUUUGACUUUCAAGUUGCACAUUGUGAAGAUAGCCUAUUUAAUUUAGUGUACUAUGGUGCACAUCCUCUCCUUGCUCCAAGACGUAUGAGCUGAUCAGGGAUCUGCCCUAAUAGCCCUGUACAUUUCUCUGCUCUUAUACAAAAAAAUUAUAUUUGGAUGACAAAUGUUGUCUUGUGAAGUGUCAUUUUACACCAAAAGCAGCUUAAAAUGCUGACUAUACCUCAAAUUCGAACCUUGCAUUAUCAAAAUCUUGUAAAAAUGAAACCUCGCCAUGUAAUCCAGUUUACAUGUAAGAAUAAAACAGCAAUUUUAGUCACACUGCGUAAACGAGAAACCAGAGACAAUAACCAUUCAAGUGGUCAUUCACUAGUGUGAAAACUGCGCCAGUGGUGCGCACAGAUCCUGUGUACCAUCUUCCCUACUGGCGUUUUGAUGUUCAUGAGUUACGUCUACAGUGAGUCCAGUUACAUGCACACAAUACGAUUAUUGUGUAUAGUCAGAUUAAUAUAAUAGUUCGUUUUAAAACGUGUACAUGUUUUGCAAGAACGAUUUUCCUAAACAUGUUUGCAUGGACGCAUCUGAAAUCAGGCUACCUGAUGGGACUUCAAUAAAUUCCAAAAAUUGUCAAUAAAAGUUCUACCACCGAGA